AUGGUGCUCCUGCGCACUGCCCACACAAUGUCUUUGUCAAGCUCCCCCGUCAUCGAAGAUGCCCACGGUGAUGGUGGUGGCCUUGUCGCCGACGCCCGCCGAUGCAGUUGCACGUUGAAGGAGGAUGGUCAAACCAAAAGAAUUCUUACAAGUUUGAAGUCAAACUCCAUUGAAAUGACAGCUUUUGGAGAAGAUUCAAGUUCAUGGGGUCAACCAUAUUAUGCGGUGCACCAAACAACUUCUGGAGGUCCUGGCGACAGUUACUAUGGCUUACAUGUCACCACGGAUGUGUAUAGCCACAAUCUAAAACCCGGCCAACAGACUUCGACUGCAAUUUGGGUUAAUCAUGUUGGAGAUGGUGUUAAAUCAAGCUUAAAUACAAUUAGUAUUGGCUGGCAUAUCUAUCCAGAGCACUAUGGAGACUCACAUCCACACUUCUAUACUGACUGGACGAGAGAUGGAUAUGCUCAAACUGGAUGCUUAAACAUGGACUGCCCUGGCUUCAUAAGGGUGAAUGGUGCUGUUAUAGCCCCUGGCGAUGUUAUACAUCCAGUUUCUGGUGUCCCUGGUGGACGUGUACAGAAUAUCACACUCAGACUGCAUAAGGACAAAACAAGCGGAGAUUGGUGGGUAUACUACGGCUUGAACGGCAUCCCCACGGGGGUGGGAUACUUCCCAAGGUCGUUGUUCACCUAUUUGGCAGAAAAGGCAAACCAUGUGGCUUUCGGUGCCUUCGUGGAUGCUGAGAAGGCGCUUCCAACUCCUCCAAUGGGUAGUGGUGUCCUCCCAAAUGGUGGCAAGGGUCAUGCGGCAUCUUUCACCAACCUUCAACUCAUUGAUAAGGAUGGGAAUAGCAGCCCCAUAAAAGCAAACCUGCCCGAGUUAAUUACCAAGGCCAAAUGCCAUUCUAUUAGACAUAUUGACCACAGCCAAUGCCUUUAUGGUGGGCCAGGAGGUUGCGUGUGAUUAGAUGUAACAUUAUUUGUUUGAGCUUAGUCUCUUUCAAACUCUUUGUUACUUAAUAAAUCAUAUGGGUGACAUAAAUUAUGA